AUGCCGACGCCCACUUCUCAAACCGUGCAGAAGUUGUACCCAGAUCUCCCGCCCCCAUAUAACCCGCCACAGUCAGAUAUGAAAGAGAAACAGAUGCCAGUGUUUAGUGUAAAGGGGGGUACUUUAAACUUAGACGAGAUACAGGAAGGAGCAAUAGGGGGAGAGCAGUCUGAGGGUGAGGACAGAGAACAACAGAGUAGGAUGAAAAAUGAACAAAAGGAGGACAGGCAUUAUGAAGUAAUGAGCCAAUGUUCUGCUAUCCAAAUGGAGGUAAAAGAUCUGUUAGAACAACUUAUUGCUGAAGAACAAAAAACCAGGAAACGAGGUAAUAGACAUGAUGAGAGCAGCCACAUUCACUCAGUGAUAAGUCCAGUUGUGGAAAUCGAUGAAAGUGAUAAUGAUAGCCAGGCCAGUUCAGAUGGAAGAACAAAACCUAGAAAGAAAAUAGAUGAAUAUAAGUCAGGACUACAAGUCAGAAUAGAUGGAAAACUAACCUUGAAGGAGGAUGAGGAAAGAAAGGACGAAUAUGAGGAUAGUAGUGAAGGGGACAUGGAAGAAGAUAAGUGGCCAGUUACCUCCACACCUCAAACACAGUGGCCUAGACGAAGCAAAAGGUUGAUAGAUAAGGCCACUAAACCAACACUUGCUACUAUGGGAAGGGUGUGCAACAUGCCUCUACUGGCAGGACCAACUGGUAGAAACUAUCAGCCAUGGUCACUAACAGACCUUGAGACCCUAGUAAAAAAACUACCGGCCAUAACAGAGGGUGGUGGUAGAUGGGUGAAUAAGUUAUUUGCCCUGUCUCAUGGCCAGGUUCUGUCAGUGGGAGACCUAAGACAAAUAAUGAGUAGAGUACUGUCAGGCCACCAGAUUGUAGACAUAGAAUGCAUGGCCGGCACCACAAGUUUGGGAAACAGUGCCCCAUUGGUGAAAGGAGGGGGUCAGUCACCUUUGUGUCAGGCUAUAAGGGACAAGUUUCCCACCCCCGAUACCAUGUUUGAGAAUUUGAAAUUUAAACACAAGGAGGGGGAAAAUGGUGCAGCCUAUAUAAAUAGAUGUUGCCAAGAAUGGGAAGAGGCAUGUGAUGAGAACCCAAUGUCUAACCCUGUGACAAAUAGAAUUUUCAGGGCUGCUGUACUACAGGGAGCUCCAGCUGGUGUGACCCAAGCCAUGGAACAAUCUCCUGAGGUACCGGGCAGUGACGAUGCUAAAUGGAAAAGGUAUGCAGUACACUUCAUAGACAAAGCAGUCGAUAGAGCAGACAAAGAGGGGGGUGAACUCUUAAAAUUGCAGAAAGAACUGAUAAAGUUACAAUUGGAGAAAGAAAAGACAGCAAAGGGUAAAGGCUCAAAACAGAUGGCAGCCCAGGCGGCCCAGCCCCCUCCGCAAACGAAUGAGGGUAAUUACGAGGGCAACCCUCAAUACCCUUAUGCUAACAGUCAAUCACAAUGGAACAGGGGAAGGGGAGGAGUUAGGAGUCAGGGAGUGACCAGUCCUGACACAUGCUACAAAUGUGGAGGCCCUGGACACUGGGCCAACGAUUGUCCAACCAAUAACACUGGCUGUUACCUGUGUGGACAUCCUGGGCAUAUAGCCAGGAACUGCCACAGUGGACAAAGGGGCCAGCCCCCUCAAUAUCAGAACAGGGGACGGGGAAUACAAAGGGGAAGGAGUCAGCCUCAGAGAGGAGGGUGGGGUGGUAGACCAGUACCACCAAACCAGCCUCGUUUCCAACAACCACUGACUCAACAGCAGGAAGAUCACGUGUAUCAGGAGGCCUUCAUAGAUAUUGAAGGAUCGCAAUGGAGCUUAAAAAGCACAGGUCUGUUGAUAGGAAAGGAAGGUGUGGUGGCUCCAAUCUGCUUAACAGAGGAACAAGAAACAUGGUACAAAAUGAGACAAACUGCUGCCCCACACAUAUCACUGGCAUUGCACCCAACACAUGAGGCUAGGGAGCUAGGCUCAAUGACAAAGAGACUACUAACGGUCACUGACUGGGAGCCCACAGACAACACACAGUUGUAUUACUCCCCAUCGGCAGACAGUUACAAGGUAGUGAGGGAAACUCUUGACCUGGGCACUCUGGAACACAAAUGGAUUUCCAGGUGUCAUGGCAGAGAUAAAUCUGAUGGGGAGGGGGCAGAGGAAUUGAUUAACUCCAUGCCACAAGAAUUAUGGUCAACAGGGCCAACUGAUGUGGGAUACUGUGACAUAACACCUGUCACUUUUGACAUUUCUAACGGCCAACCAACAUGGGUCCCACAGUACAGAAACAGGCCUGAAGCCGUAGCUGGCAUCAAGUCAACGAUUGAGGGCCUACUUAGUUCUGGAGUUUUGACUCCCCACCAGUCACAGUGGAACACACCUAUAUUUCCAGUCCCUAAACAGGGAGGCAAGUAUAGGAUGGUACAUGACCUCAGAGAAAUUAACAGUAGGGUUACUACCCCAAUAGUUGCUGUCCCUAACCCAUAUACUGCUCUUUCCAUGGUAAACAUAUCGCACCAAUGGUUCUCCUGCAUAGACAUGGCAAAUGCAUUUUUCUGCAUACCAAUUUCAGAUGAAUGUAAAGAUUAUUUGGCCUUCACUUUUCAAGGAACCCAAUAUUCUUACAAUAGACUGCCACAGGGGUUCAUCUUGAGCCCGGGCAUUUUCAAUCAGGUUUUGAAACAACAAUUACAGGACUGUCAGUUACCAGAUGGAGUAGUGACAGUGAUGUAUGUUGAUGACAUCUUGAUAGCUGCACCUUCGCCAGAGUCAUGUUUAAAGGCCACUGAGACUGUCUUAAAGAGACUGUGUGAGGUAGGGUUGAAAGUCAGCAGAGACAAGUUACAGGUUUGUAGACAGACGGCUACCUUUUUGGGAAGAGUGGUAGGAGUAAGUGGAAAGGGGGUAUCACCAACACAUAAAAAGGACAUACUAACAUACCCAAAGCCACUCACUGUGAAAGAUAUGCUUUCUUUCCUAGGUCUAACAGGGUUUAGUAGACAUUUCGUCCCACAAUAUGUGGCUCUGACCAGCCCCCUUAGGGCCAUGGUUAAACAAUGUGGUAUGAGAAACUUGAUGACAAAAUUGGAUUGGACAAUGGAGGCUGAGGAAGCAUUCCAGAAAAUAAAAGCAGAAUUGGCUCAUUGUAGUAACUUAUGUACUCCAGACUAUAAAGUGCCAUUUCAAUUAGACGUGUCAGAAACAAUCACAAGCGCGCAUGGGGUUUUGUAUCAACGACAAUCAGGUAACAGAAGAAUUUUGUUGUACGUCAGUGUACUUCUAGACCAGGUAGAAGCUAGACAACCACCAUGUGCCAGAUUUGCUGCAGGUCUAGCUAAGGUAAUAGAGAAAACAUCACACAUCGUCAUGGGCCAUCAGUUGUUGAUCAGGACCUCUCACUCAGUGGCCAGUUUUGUUAACUCAAGUUCAUUUACCUUCUCUGCCCUACGGCAGAGAAGAAUGCUAAAAAUUUUGACAGCUGCAAAUAUCACCUACAGCCACAAUGGGAUCAACAUGGCUGACCUUAUGACUGAUGGGGACCAUCAUGAUUGUGCACCAUUGACAGAUAGAUUAUCGGUAGCUAGGGAGGGUCUGACAGCCUCCCCACUUCCUGAAACAGACAACCCAAUAACACUGUUUACGGAUGGUAGUUGCCACAGGGCGAAUGAUGGAACUCUGAAAGCAGGAUUUGCUGUGGUUCAAUUACAGGGUAACCAAUUUGUCACAAUAAAAGCUGAACCCCUAAUUGGCAAACAAUCUGCACAAAAGGCAGAACUAUUGGCCCUAAUCAAUGCAUUGAGACACUCAAAAAGACAGGCUGUCAACAUCUACUCUGAUUCUGCAUAUGCAGUGUCCACGGCCCACGUGGAGCUGCCUGUGUGGAUCAGAUGUGGAUUCACAACCUCUUCCGGCCGGCCUAUUACUCAUGAGAAAGAAGCAAGAGAGCUCUCUGAAGCCAUAAUGUUGCCAGACAAAGUGGCUAUUAUCAAGUGCACUGGUCAUUCCCAAGGAACUGACCUAAUAUCAAAAGGGAAUGAAGCAGCAGACUUGGCGGCAAAACGUGCCUCAGGCUACCUACAAGGUCAGUUUGUGGUCACAUCUGAGCCAGACGUGACAUCCCUCCUACCAGAAUUCUCAAGAGAAUUCUUAUCUGAGGAGCAAGACAUGGCUGCUCCGGAAGAAAAGUCUGUGUGGAAAAACAAAGGGGCAAUCAGACAUGAUGAUGGCUUUUGGACAGCACCUGAUGGUAGAGCUUUGCUCCCAGCGUCACUAGUCCCAAGCGUGUUGAAAGAAGCCCACACACAUGCACACUGUGGUGAUAAGCAAAUGUCGCGAACAUUGCAAUCAUGGUGGCAUCCUUUUAUGCCACACCUAAUUUCUGGGUACAUAACGACAUGUGACAUCUGUCAGAUGCACAAUGUCAAACCAACUAUGAAACCGUCUCAGGGAUCGUUCCCAUUAGCAAAUGGCCCAGGGGAUGAAGUUAUAAUUGAUUUCACUGACAUGAUUGAAAAGGUAAAUGGUAAACGAUACUUGCUUGUUAUGAUUGAUGCAUAUACUGGGUGGCCAGAGGCUUUCCCGGUGGGCAAGGAAGACAGCACUGCUGUCAUUAAAUGUCUGAUAAACCAUUACAUCCCACGUCAUGGUUUUCCGAGCCGGGUCAGAUCUGACAACGGCUCACACUUUAAAAAUGAACAUCUGGCUGAUGUUGAAAAGGCAUUGGGUUUAGUACACCAUUUCGGGGCAGUCUAUCACCCACAGUCACAAGGUAAGGUUGAGCGGUUGAACCUAACAUUGAAAAACAAAUUGGCUAAAAUCUGUGCACAGACUAAAUUGACAUGGUUAGCUGCUCUUCCACUGGCUCUGAUGUCAGUAAGGAGCUCUGUGAGUCGGGCAACAGGAUACACGCCCUUUGAACUGUUGACUGGUCGCCAAUUUCCUGGCCCACUGACCCCACUACAAUUGGAACCAGUACAACCGUUAUCACACAAAAUUUACUAUGACAAAUUGACUGCUCUAAUUGAAUCUUUUGACAAAAUGUUACCAACUGAUUUUAGGAGACACGAAUAUCCAGCACCCCUACCUGACCGAACUUGGGACUGGGUGAGAUUGAGAAUCUACAGGCGUAAAUGGAAAGAGCCUCGCUGGUCUGCUCCAAUUAAGGUAAUUGCACGCACAUCUCACUGUGUUCGUCUUGCAGGAAAAGGUGACACUUGGUACCAUCUGAGCCAGUGCUGUCCGGCGGACCCACCGUCCAGAUCAUUGGACGACACCAGAGUGGACCUUGCUUCGCAGGUCCAAGAGAGGGAGGAUACCACAGAAAAUACAGGAGGGAGUGAGGGUACCACAAAAGGAGGUGACACACAAACACAUACACACGAUAACAAUUUUCAUCCAUCACAAAGUAACCUACAAACUUUGCAGGUGGUCCAUAAAACUGGGGAUUUAUUCACAGCCCCUAAAGGAGAAGCCGUAGCCCAUUGUGUCAGUGCAGACUGUGCAUUUGGAGCGGGAAUAGCGAAAAAAUUCAGAGAAAGAUAUGGUGUUGACAAGGUAAAGGCCCAGGGGAAAACGAAAGGUGACUGUGCUAUAACUCACGAGGCAGACAGAAUAGUUCUCCACCUGAUCACAAAAACAUUUGCCAGAGACCUACCCACAUAUGAGGACUUUGAGAGCAGUCUAAUCUGCAUGAGAACGUGGUGUGACAAAUUACACAUCACCAGAUUGUCAAUACCCCGGCUGGGGUGUGGUUUGGACAAGUUGGAAUUCUAUAGAGUUCUCCACAUUAUUGAAAAGACAUUUAAAGGCCAGAAUAUAACCAUUUCAGUUUAUACGUUAGAAUAAGUUUACUGUGCUUGCUAUUUU